AUGAAUAACAGUUUAGCGGUGGAUAAGCUGCCCCAGGAUCCUGGGUCUGACGUGUGUGAUUCUCCCACAGCUCCUGAGCAUCCACCAGCCGAGAUGUCCUGCCAGCAGAGCCAGCAGCAGUGCCAGCCCCCUCCCAAGUGCACCCCCAAGUGCCCUCCCAAGUGCCAGACACCAAAAUGCCCCCCAAAGUGUCCUCCUAAGUGUCCUCCUGUCUCUUCCUGCUGUGGUUCCAGUUCCGGAGGCUGCUGUGGUUCCAGUUCCGGGGGCUGCUGUGGUUCCAGCUCCGGGGGCUGCUGCAGCUCUGGCGGUGGUGGUGGCUGCUGCCUGAGCCACCACAGGCCCCGCAGAUCUUUCCAUCGCCAUCGUCAGAGCUCUGGAUGCUGUAGCAGUGGUGGCAGCAGUGGAUGCUGUGGCAGCAGCGGGGGUAGCAGUGGCUGCUGUGGCAGCAGCGGGGGCAGCAGUGGAUGCUGUGGUGGCAGUGAUGGCAGUAGCCAGCAGUCUGGGGGCUGCUGCUGA